AUGCCGCUCACAGCCGACCAGGCAGGAAGCCCCCUGCACUACUUCAGCCAGGUGUCCUUACGCAAGGGAAAUACAGAGGAUGCCAUUAGCGGUCUCGACAGUGUGCAUCCCGUUGACCUGACGGUUUCGCACCGGUCUCGCAACCAAAACUUACCUCCUCUGAAGCGCUACUGGCGCACACGCAGUGUCCGUCGCAAUCAUACCCAGCUGAACGAACUAGGUGAGCUGGAGAAUCAGUUGCUUCCGGCAAGGAGCCUGUCAAGGUUGAACACUAUCACCAACAGCGGAGAGAACGACUUCACGUACAUUUCUGGACCAAAGUACUUCUUCCAGCAGUUGGUGCGCCAGUACCCGCUCGCGGCCUUCUUUGUUUGGACAUUCUUGUUCUUGGUGGAGCUUUCCAUGGUGGUGCUGUACCUUAUUCAGUCUACUAUGAGCUACGAUGUCACUUGGAUGCACUACGACACCCAAGAGCGCAGUGGGUGGUUCUACGCCCGCACCCUGCUCUCGGUCAUCUCUCUUGUGCAGCUGUUCUUUGCCUACUCACUGAGCGUUAUGACCAUCACAGUGGUGCUCAUCACGUCCAUUUACCAAAUCAUCAUCUUCUUCGUUUCGAUCCCGUCGAAUCUCGCGUGGGUCAGUUGCCUGUACGUGCCCUACUUUAUGAGAUGCUGGCCAAUGCGGCAGUACUUCCUCUUUAUCCUUGACUCCGUCGCGCUGAUGAUGCCGCGCAACCGCAAGCUUGACCUACUGCGACUGGCUGCUGGGCCGCUGACGCUGUUUAUCUGCAUGGUGUUCUCUGCCUCUGGCGUCUUCCGCAUCGAUCAGUGCUUUCAGGGGUACCCCAUAAAUAUGGCGGUGUCCAUCUACUUUGUCGUCGUCACCGUGUCUACGGUGGGCUUUGGUGAUGUGACGCCGCAGACCCAGGACGGCAAAGCCAUCACCAUCGUCAUAAUCUUUAUCUUCAUUGCGAAGAUGCCAACGUUCAUCCGUGUCAUCCGCUCGACGGCGAAGAUUUUGAAGGCGUACCGCUCCUACACGGGCCGCAGGAACCACUUUAUCGUGUACGGCCACCUCAACCGCGAGGAGGUCGUUUCUAUCUUGGAUGAGGUGUUCUGCCUGUAUCCGAUGAAAUCCGUGUGCUUCUGCAGCAAAUGGUUUGCGCCAGACGUGCUCUCGAUCGGCCGCCAUCCUACCUACCGGCUGCGCAGCACGUUUCUCAUUGUGGACACACUGGACUCCUUCGCAUUGCGUCGAAUGAAAGCACAGGAUGCGUCGGCGAUCAUUAUCCUACCCAUUCGCGAGGGUUACUCUUCCCGUGUCGAUGACGACGUGAUGCUUGCGGCCAUCAUCUUUGAGCGUUUUGUGCCUAAGGUGCCGCAGUAUGUGUGGCUGCGCUACGGCCUCCACGCAAAACUGCUGAAGGGACAGCGCUCCUGCGUGAUCGAUGAACAUAUAAAAAAGAACAUCAUGGCGAGCGCGCUACUGCUACCGGGAAUCGUACCGUUCUUGGUAAAUCUCGUGCGGUCGGCGUGGGCCGAAGGCGUCGAACCGGCCGAUCUGUGGACGGAGAAUGGCAUCGAGCAGUGGAAAAGUCAGUACGAGUACAGCCGGCGCAACGUACUCAGCACAUGCUUGGUACCGCUGCGCUUUGUUGGCGCGACGUUGGGGCGCGUGGUGGCAAACUUUAAGUAUCGCGACGUACUCAUUGUCGGCGUGGAGGAAAACGAACGCAGGGUAAUGCGCUUCGAUCUCAACUACCGCCUGAAGGAGCAGGAUGUCCUGAUGGCCGUGUACGAGCGCACGCGGAACAGCCUGUCGCGUGCGCUGGAGGAGUUCAGCUCCCCCGGGCCUGUGAACGAGGCUGCCGGGGAGACGUACGGCGCCAACUUCUGCCAAGGCCUUAACAGUGAAGAACUUCUGCACGCCAACAUGAAUUCCUCUUUCGUCUUCUACCCGUACAAGAGCUCCGCCUCUCUGUGCGAUAUGGUGCCGCCGCAGAACCCCGCCACCAGCGACGGUGCCGACACAGCAGACAAGGGGGAUGGCCAUAUCGACUCCAAGCCUGAGGAUGAGGCGCUGUCCUUGGAGGAGGUGCGGCGGGCGCUCAUGAACAUAGCCGGUAUCGUGCGUGCCCCUCGCGGGAUUCCGCUCGCUUCGCUGCAGCUUCGUCGCAGGACCGCCGCCCACCUAUGGCACCUUACACAGCGCCACCGCGGACUUCUGGUGGACCUUUCCAUGUCCGUUGAAGAUCGCGAGGAGGCGCUUCGCGAUGUGACGGAUCAGAUCAACUCAUCGGUGCUCAAGGCCGCUGACAUGUAUCUCGCGGCGAUGUCUGAGCAGGACCGGCAGGCGAUGGAGCUGAAGCACCAAGACGAGGUGUUUCUCUUUAUUGACCAGACCAGUUCGAUCCUCCGCAAGACGGCAACGUCCGUUUACGAAGACGUCAUUUCGCAGACCAUUGCGCAAUACGAGCUGUACGUGAUGAUGCAGUGCAUCUGCGCCGUGCACGCCCACUCUCGCCUGACUUUGCUGACGCUGCGAAGGUAUCCGCCUCAUUUUUUUCAGACCUGGAAGGAUACCUUUGGGACCCCGCUGCGCUACAUUCGUGGCCAAGGCUCAUUGGACUCGCACCUGAACUACGCUUUAACAGUGGACACAGACGUCACCAAGGUGCGAGGCAUUCUCUUGUACUGCUCUCAGAUGGGCCCACGCGACUUUGGCGAUAUUCCCAUCUUCUCCGUUGAGAACAGUGUUCUCGACCUGCUGGAGUGGAACGAGCAGACACGGGAUGGGCUGAGCGGCGCGCGUGAGCAGAACAUCGUCGUUGAGCUGCAGUCCUUCCUCUUCUCUAUUAAGGUGACACCCUUCCACACCGACGCAGUGUGGCGCACUCGUGGCGAAUCCAACUUCCAGGAUGCGCUCGCCUUCAUGAUGGGUCGUUUCUUCGCCUCGAAUAUGCUCAUCACGAUUCUUAUUCAUAUCCACCGCGACUCGCGCAUCAUCAAGUUUUUCGAAAUGGUUUUGAAUCUCACUUCGACUGCGAAUAUGUUUGACAAGGCGGUGUGGGCAAACCGCUCAGCACAGUCCCAGACGCUAUUCAAACUGUGCGGUAACCAUUCGCUGCGCUUCCAGACCUUUGGAGACGCGUUCGAGUUUCUUCUGUCGAAGCGGCAGUGCGUGGCGAUCGGGGUGUUCCGGUUGUUCCCGGCAUCCGAGAUGCUGAGCGGCAUGCCGCGCUACUUUGUCACUAACCCGCCCAUGUGCAUGCCGCUGCUGAUGGAGGACAUCAUCUACUGUCUAGAUGGCAGCUUGAGGGUGGCGUGUGAGUAG